AUGUCGCCCCACUCAGUGGUGCGUGAACAAUUCGUCGUUGUCUGCGAUGUGCACCGGGUCGAUGAUCUGCAUGAUGAUGACAUGCGGCUUGUCCCUCCGGUGCUCCAGGGACUUGGCGGUGAUCUCGCCGAUGGAGUGCAGCGGCAGCUCCUUGCCGUCUGCCUGUUCGAAGUAGAACCCGUCGUGCGGGAGCUCACGCAGCACCUUCAGCAGCUGCUUGAAGUCGUUGAGCUGCCUGUUCCUGUGGACGGUGUGCUUGUCCAGCGAUAUCGUGACCUCGUCCUUGCCCUCCAUGUUACCGAUCGCCCGCGCGUGGCUAAGCAGGUCGUCCGUAGGCAGGUGCUGUUUCACGUUAUGCAUCCGCUGCUCGAUCUUGUGGGCAAGAACCAUCGGGUAUUCGUGGGAUUUGAGCAUCUUUAG